AUGACCUCCUCCAAAGAAUGGGCCAAAAUGCUCCGCGGUGAGCUGUACAUGCCUUGGGACGAAGACCUCCAGGCCAACCGAACACGCUGCAAGCAGGCAUGUGAUGAGUUCAAUACAGCAGGGAACGUCUCCCGACGACGAAAGGUUGAAUUAUGGAGAAACAUCAUCGGAGAUACUCGUCCCCUCCCACCAGUAAACCCAGAUCCCAAAGAAGAUGAAGAACUCUUUGAUGAAACGGAUCCUGUCGUGGAUGGCCCCAUCUCCGUGGACCAUGGCCUCAAUUUCAAAGUGGGAGCUGGGACAUUCCUCAAUUUUAAUCUGCUAGUUCUGGAUACUUGUCUUAUCACCAUCGGUGAACGAGUCCUCUUCGGGCCGAAUGUUUCGCUCUACGGCGCUAUUCAUCCGCUUGACCCUGCUAUUCGACAAGGAAUGAAGGGUCCUGAGGCCGGGAAGGAGAUUCAUAUUGAGGAUGAUGUGUGGAUUGGGGGAAGUGUGAUGGUUCUUGCAGGCGUGAGAAUUGGGAAGGGAUGUACGAUCGGGGCGGGUUCUGUGGUUACAAGGGACGUUCCUCCUUUCCAUUUUGCAGCAGGGAACCCGGCUCGAGUUAUUAAGCGUAUUGAGAGUAAGAUGGAUCCCGAACAGUGUUAG